AUGUGUGAAAGUUACGAAAUUUUGAGUGAUUCAGCAAUCGAAUUUGAGCAAGCAUCAAUAAAAUGGAAGUAUAUUAGUGGUUGUCUCGGAAUAAUUGGCACUAUAAUCAAUAUCUUUCAACUGAUAAUUCUUAUUUCAUGGCAAGGAUAUAAGAAAUUUCCUGAAUAUGUCUUUCUGGCGGUUGCAGAUUUUUGUACAACUUUAGGGAUUGCAGGACGGAGUUUGUUUCAGAUUAAUCUUUCUAGUAGUAUAGCAGAAAUCGGAAUGGUAUGCAUGCAGACCACUGUAUCUUGUGCAAGAAAUUCAGAUUUAUGGUUUCGAUUGGCUGGUUCAGUGCUCGCAACUCUAAUUCUUGUUAUUAUCGGUUUACAGAAAGUUUCUUGUGCUUUUUGGCCAUUCUGGUAUAAACGACAAUCAGAAUAUAAGUAA